UCAACCGGUGUUGUUUUUCUGUAAAAUUAAAACUUAAAAUGUCACUUUGGCUACUGUUUAAUGUGUAAACAAAUCUGUUUAAAAUAAAAUUACAAAAUGGAUAAACUCGAAGGCCAGAAUUCACAUAGCCGUUCGUUUGAAGUUGUCAAGCAGCGUCUGGAACAAAAUUCCACCUGGAACGACCUUCUGUCGAAAGUACGAGACGAAGUCAUCGAAGUACUCGAAACCGAUGGCCAAAUCGCCGUGGCCAAAGAAAAACCCAAACAGACCGAAACCGUCGAGCUGAUAAACGGUCUAGUGUCGGAAUACAUGAAGUGGAUGGGUUACGGUUUGUCCGACAGAAUGUUCGUCAAAGAAUCGGGAACGCAACCCAGGAAGAAAGAUUUUCGCAAACAAAUGGCGUCUCAACUCGAUCUCGAAGACACCGAACAAUCGUCGAAAUUGCCUCUACUAACGGUACUGAUCACCAUGUUCAAGAACAAAAACAUAAAUAUCGACGAGCUCAACUUUUAAGUCGGCCAGGUUCGAUUGUGCCUAAUCAUUAUUCGUAUUGCCCAUGUCGUUUGUUAUAUUAAAAUAUGUAUUAUUGUUACAUUUUUUUUUUUUUUUUACAAUAAAACUAUUACUUUGAUUAAUUUAGUUCGACGACAUUUGGCGUGUUUGGCAAAUGUUUAGUUUGUUAACUCAGUUGUUUAUUGAAUGUUCGUCUAAUCGCUAAUCGUCUGUUACGAGUAAAUAAAUUGUACACUUGUAAUUUUAAUUUAUGAUCUUUUCAACUGUAAUUUGUGCAGUUAAAGCAAAGUCAAAUAUAAAAGUAUUAUUAUUUCUCAAAAUUUAAACAAAUGAAUAAUUUGUCACAAAGUCACGGCUAAUCGUGCUCGGUAGUUUAUUAGCAGAAAAAAAAAAACAUUAA